UUAAAAUCCCAGUAGUUAAGAAUAAAACAUGGGACUCAGAAUAGCAUUUCCGUAAAUAUAAGUUUUAGGGGCAUAUCUGGAAAGGAAAACACUAGCUUUUAGCAUUCGACACCGUUUUCUCCGUCGUACACUAGAAACGAACCCUAGAAAUCUAAUUGGUGGAACUCAAAGAAUCACUCACUGUAAUUGAAGAAGAACUUACUUCUCAACACUGGUAAUCAAAUCCUAAACAGUAUCAGUAGCUAAAUCUAAUAAUUGAAUAUGAGGUCGAAGAGACUGGAACUCCAAGAAGCUCUCAAUAAGCAGCAGAAGAAGAAGCCAUCAACAACAAAACGACAAGAAACUCUCCGGAACCAGAGGCCAUCAACAACGAAACCACGCUUCGCAUCUGUCAACAACCGCAGAUUGGUAAAUGAUGUUAUGACUGAUUUAGUGAAUGAAAUACUCAACGCUGCUGCUCUCGAGAAAAAGAUGUCUUCAGCAACGAAACCAAGCAAUGCACCGGAGGAAAAUGAAACUGUGACCGAUGCGGUGGAUGAAAGACUCAACGAUGUUGCUCCGAGUUUGUCAGCUACAAAACCAUGUGCUGCAUCUGUCAAAGGACGAAAGGCUAGAGAAAUUGAGACUGAUGCAGUGGAUGGGAGAGAUAACGCUAUAGCUCUUGAGAACCAGACGUUGUCAGCAACAAAACCAUGUUCUGGGCUCAUCAGUGGCGAAAGGGAAACUGAUACAGUGGAUGGAAGAGUUAAUGUUAAAAAACGGAGGUUGUCAGCAACAAAACCGUGUUCUGCACCAAUUAAUGGCAGAAUGGCAAAAGAGAAUGUGACUGAUGCAGUGGGUGAAAAACUCAACGAUGCUGCCCUUGACAAGCAAAGGUCGUUGACCAAAAAACCACGCAUUUCAUUCAUCAAUGGUGGAAGGGCAAAAGAAGUUGUGACAGAUGCAAUGGAUGAAAGAGUGAAAGUUGUUUCUCUCAAGAAUCAGAGUCUGUCAACAACAAAACGACACGUUUCAUUUGUCAAUGGCGUAGGAGGAAAAGAAAUUGUGACUGGUGCAGUGGAUAAAAGACCCAACGCUGUUGCUCUCGAGAAGCUGAGGUCUUCAACAACAAAAGCAUGUGCUGCGGUGAGCAUUGCAGUGGAUCCAAGACCCAGCAUUGUUGCUCUCAAGAAGCAGAGGUCGUCAACAACAUUACCAUCUUCUGCAUCUGUCAAUGCAAACGAAAUUGUGACCGAUCCAGUGGAUGGAAGACAGGAAGUUGUUGAUGACAUGCCUGAUGCUGAGAACAUUAUCAGAGAUGAAGAUACUGACACAACUGGUACUUGGAGCGAUUUUGGAGAUGACGAUGCUGACAUAAUUGAUGCAGAUGGAGACAGUGACGUGCAAAAUGUGGAAGACCAAUCGUUACCCACCAACUAUCAUGAAGAUGCUGUCAUACAUGAUGCGGACGGAGACAAUGACGUGCCAAUUGUGAAAGGCCAAUCGUUACCCACCAACUCUGAUGAAGAUGCUGACAUACUCGAUAAAGAUGGAAACAUUGACAUGCAAAUUUUGGAAGAGCAAUCGUUACCCACCUACUCUGAGAAAGUUGCAAAUUCCUCGAGCAAAAGGACAUGUGAAGUGGUCCAAAGCCAAGUAGCUGCCCCUCAUAGCGAGUCUAGCAACACAAACUAUGCCGGCAAUAAUUGCCAAGGAAACACUUCUUGUCCAUUGGGUGGUUCAAUUCAUUUACUAGGCACCCCUCAACUGAUUAUAUUCGACAAAUUUGGGCGGCGUUCUGAUGUUGAGUCAGAAGAAUUUGCAAUGGAUAUUGCAAUGACAGUACGAGUGCAUUGUCGUCCUGCAAUCGGCUCUUGGUAUGACGUUCCAAACAUCGUCAAAAAGAAUAUAUGGAAAGAUGUUGCGGCUAGGUAUAUCAUACCUGGAAUUUAUAGACCUAAUGUUUUGUCCAAGGCUAACAAAGCUUGGAAAACUUGGAAGCAUCAGCUGCAAGUAGAGUUGGAUAAACAUGAGACCGCUGCUGAGAGAAAAAGAAAUAUCCCGUACCAGUUGAUUAGAAACAGAGAAGAUUGGGAAAGUUUUGUUGAUUUCUGCAAUACUGAUGAGGGUCAGAAACGUCGUGCAGCAUCGGCGGCAAGUGUUGAGACUCUUCGCAAAGUACAGCAAGGAAACAAGAGUUUGCAGUCUGAUAUCCAUUUACUCCGAACACAAUCUGGAUUACACACAGAAAAUCAUAUUUCUACUCCGUCAAAUCAAUCUGCGCCACACGCAGAAAAUCGUACUUCUGCAGCAUCCAAUCAAUCUGCUUCACACACACACAAUCGUGCUUCAACACCAUCCAAUCAGUCUGCAUCAUACAUACAACAUCGUGCUUCUACACCAUCCAAUCAGUCUGCAUCACGCAUACAACAUCGUGCUUCUACACCAUCCAAUCAAUCUGCAUCACACAUACAAAAAAUCUGCGCAGACAUACAAAAUCGUGCUUCUACACCAUCAAAUCAAUCUGCGUCACACAUGCAAAAUCGUGCUUCUACACCAUCAAACCAAUCCGCAUCACACAUGCAAAAUCGUGCUUCGACACCAUCAAAUCAAUCUGCGCCACACAUGCAGAAUCGUGCUUCUACACCAUCAAAUCAAUCUGCGUCAUCGGUGCAAAAUCGUGCUUCUACACCAUCAAAGCAAUCCGCGUUACUCAUGCAAAAUCGUGCUUCUACACCAUCAAAUCAAUCUGUGUCAAACAUACAGAAUCGUACUUCUACACCUUCAAAACAAUCUGCGGCUCAGUCACCUCCUGCGGCCAGCUUGCCUGCUCGUUCACCUUUGACACCUCCUGCGUCCAGCUUGCCUGCUGGUUCACGUUUGGCACCUCCUGCAUCCAACUUGCCUGCUGGUUCACAUUUCGCACCUCCUGUGUCCAACUUGCCUGCUGGUUCACGUUUGGCACCUCCUGCAUCCAACUUGCCUGCUGGUUCACAUUUCGCACCUCCUGUGUCCAACUUGCCUGCUGGUUCACGUUUCGCACCUCCUGCAUCCAACUUGCCUGUUCGUUCGCAUUUGUCACCUGCUGCGUCCAACUCGCCUGCUCGUUCGCAUUUGUCGCCUCCUGCGUCCAACUCGCCUGUUCGUUCGCAUUUGGCACCUCCUGCGCCCAACUUGCCAGCUCGUUCGCAUUUGACGCCUCCUGUGUCCAACGUGCCUGCUCGUUCGCAUUUGGCACCUCCUGCGUCCAACUUGCCUGCCGGUUCACGUUUGGCACCUCCUGCAUCCAACUUGCCUGCUGGUUCACGUUUGGCACCUCCUGCAUCCAACUUGCCUGCUGGUUCACAUUUCGCACCUCCUGUGUCCAACUUGCCUGCUGGUUCGCAUUUGUCACCUCCUGCGUCCAACUCGCCUGCUCGUUCGCAUUUGUCACCUGCUGCGUCCAACUCGCCUGCUCGUUCGCAUUUGUCACCUCCUGCGUCCAACUUGCCUGCUCGUUUGCAUUUGGCACCUCCUGCGCCCAACUUGCCAGCUCGUUCGCAUUUGACGCCUCCUGUGUCCAACGUGCCUGCUCGUUCGCAUUUGGCACCUCCUGCGUCCAACUUGCCGGCUCCUUCGCAUUUGUCAACUCCUGCGUCCAACUUGCCUACUCGUUCACAUUUGCCACCUGCUGCAUCCAACUUGCCUGCUAGUUCAUGUUUCAUAAAAAACUUUAAAGGAAGAACCAUUGCUUUAGGUAGUAUCAACACUGCGGAUCCACCAACGCAACAUGUCUAUAGUUUAACUAUCGAAGACAUAUUUGACAGAGAUGCAGAAUUAUUUGAUAAAGAUGGGAAGCUUGGAGACAUUACGAUCGGUGGCGUGAUUAAUUGGCCAAAAGCAUGUGUUGAGUCCAGCUUGCCUGCUAAUUCAUGUUUUAUACGGAACUUCAAAAGAAGAACCAUUGCUUUCGGUAGUAUAAACACUGCUGAUCAACCGCAGGAACAUGUUUGUAGUAUAAUUGUGAAACAAAUAUAUGACAGAAAUGCAGAAUUAUUUGAUGCAGAUGGGAAGCUCGGAGACAUUAAGAUCGGAAACGUGAUUAAUUGGCCAAAAGCAUGUAUUAAGCCUUGUUGAUAAUAAAGAAUUUUUUUAUUUUCAGAAUGUAUGUGUAGUCUUUCCUAGUAAUCUUUUUGGUUUCUAGUUUUAGAAGUUUGUUUAUACUGUAUGUUGUCUGGACUCCAGAGGAACAGAGAAAAGCAUGAGAAAAUUCUCAUAAGUUUGUAGCAGUUGAAGAGAAGUUUCUUUGGCACACCAA